CGGCGGUGGCGCUGCGGUCAGCGGCGCUGCGCUGCGCUGACUGGGCUGGGCCGGGCAGCGGCGGCGACGGAGACCGCUGCCGAGGCCACUGAGGCGCUGACUGGGUGGCCAGUGGGCUGCUGUGGCCUCUAGCAGCCUCUUAGCGCGGUCGGCAUUCACCGGGCGGCAUCUGGCCGUGGAGCUCAGCCUGCUGGUGAGCUGCGGUGGGCACACCCCGGCUCGGCAAAGGCGGACAGGUUAGAGUGGGGGAAGGGGCAGGCACAGAAGCAGCCCGGGCCAGGGAGGGAGCCCAAAGCCAGGCCAUCUCCAGCCAUGUCCGACGAGACGUCGGCCACCACUUCGUACGAGAAGUUUCUAACCCCCGAGGAGCCCUUCCCGCUCCUGGGACCCCCUCGCGGGGUGGGCACCUGCCCGAGCGAGGAGCCAGGCUGCCUGGACAUCAGCGACUUCGGCUGCCAGCUGUCCUCUUGUCAUCGCACGGAUCCACUCCACCGUUUCCACACCAACAGGUGGAACUUAACUUCUUGUGGAACAAGUGUUGCCAGCUCAGAAUGCAGUGAGGAGCUAUUUUCUUCAGUUUCUGUUGGAGAUCAAGAUGAUUGCUAUUCCCUGUUAGAUGAUCAAGACUUCACUUCUUUUGAUUUAUUCCCUGAGGGGAGUGUCUGCAGUGAUGUCUCUUCUUCUAUUAGCACAUACUGGGAUUGGUCAGAUAGUGAGUUUGAAUGGCAGUUACCAGGCAGUGACAUUGCUAGUGGGAGUGAUGUACUUUCUGAUGUCAUACCCAGUAUUCCGAGUUCACCUUGCCUGCUUCCUAAAAAGAAAAAUAAGCACCGGAAUUUAGAUGAACUUCCUUGGAGUGCAAUGACAAAUGAUGAGCAGGUGGAAUAUAUUGAGUAUCUGAGUCGUAAAGUCAGUACGGAGAUGGGUCUUCGGGAGCAACUUGAUAUUAUAAAAAUAAUUGAUCCUUCGGCUCAAAUUUCCCCUACGGACAGUGAGUUUAUUAUUGAACUUAACUGUCUCACAGAUGAAAAACUGAAGCAGGUCAGAAACUAUAUCAAGGAGCAUAGCCCUCGCCAAAGGCCUGCAAGAGAGGCCUGGAAGAGAAGCAACUUUAGUUGUGCAAGCACCAGUGGAGUGAGCGGUGCCAGUGCCAGCGCCAGCAGCAGCAGUGCCAGCAUGGUCAGUUCUGCAAGCAGCAGUGGGUCCAGUGUUGGAAACUCUGCUUCAAACUCCAGUGCCAACAUGAGUCGAGCACACAGUGACAGCAACUUGUCUGCAAGUGCAGCAGAACGGAUUCGGGAUUCAAAAAAGCGAUCCAAGCAGCGGAAGUUACAGCAGAAGGCUUUGCGCAAGAGGCAGCUGAAAGAGCAGAGGCAGGCUCGAAAGGAGAGGCUCAGUGGGCUCUUCCUUAAUGAAGAAGUGCUGUCCUUGAAAGUGACUGAGGAAGACCAUGAAGCAGAUGUAGAUGUUUUGAUGUAAUAAGGAUGAAUUUAUUGGCAUUCUUUUUAGGUGUUAAAGUGUUCUAUCCUUUUAUUUGUUUACAUGCAUUUUGACCAAACUUUUGGUUAGGGCUGUGCUGAUGUACCAUUAGUAUUUAAGUCCAGUGGUUCUCAGCAGGUGGUCCCCAGACCAGCAGCUUCAGCAUCACCUGAGAAGUUGUUAGAAAUGCAUACUACCAGGCCCCAUUCCAGAUGCAGUGAAUCAGAAACCCUGGGGGAGGGACCAGCAUUGUGUUUUAACAACCACCAGAUUGUUUUGCUGCACGCAGCUCUAGUUUUAAGAACCACUAAUUUAGUAAAUGUUUUGACUGUUUAGACUUUAGGGUGGUUAAGUGGGCUUUUUCAAGAGCUAGUACGUUUACAGUUCGGAAGAUUUCAAGCUACUGCUGACAAGUAGUUUAUUAUGUCAGUAUAGGUAUAUCUGUAGUGAUCAUAAUUCAGCUUCCUUCUUAAUGUUACAGUUCCUCAGUUUGCUUUUUCUAAAGGCCAUAGCAUAAUUCUUAAUUCUUAGUGGACAUCUUUUUUUGAGGUUGUGGGGGGUGGGGUGUGGAUUGCUGUUUACAAUAGUGCCUUCAUUAGCUUUAGUUCUGUUUUCAUUUGUUAACUCAAAUGUGUAAAAAUAGGCACUAAUGUCUUUCCUGUUAGAUUUGUUUUUUACUUUCUGUAAAUUCAGAAUCCUUUUGUAAGUGAUUACUACUGAGGAAAUAAUGUUACUAGUAGCUGAACUUUAGACUUGAUGCUAUAUUGAUUAAUACUCAAAUGGAGGAAGCAAUUAAGCAAAACAUCCAAUUCUGCUUUUCCGCUGCUUCCUGAAAUUUUAGGGUGUGAAUCUGUCUCAAAGGCAGGAACUGUAUCUUAAGUUCUUUUGUAGGUCAUUUUUUCCAGCACAGCUCUGAUUUUUAAAUAUUUGGUAUAACAGCUUCUGGCAUGUAAACUGGUAAAUGUUCAAAGUUAACUAAAGAAAACCCUUACAGUUCUCCGAAACGUCUCUAUAAAGCACUAGAAAUACACAGAACGUGAGAUAAUAGGAAAAAAAAAUCCUGAGCUUGUUGGCUCUUAAUAGAAGUCUUAUUGUAGAUGUGAAAUCAUGGAGUUUCUUUAAAUGUUUUCAUAGAGUUAUGAACACUAGAAGUAGUGUGAUUCCUUUUCUUCUACCACGUCUUUAAACACUCAUAUGGGUUAAAGAAGAUGGAAACUGGUACUACUGACAAUCAAGCUGCUUUCUGAUUUUCAUGAUUUUCUUUUUAUUGUGGAUAACUUUUGGGAGGUAAUCAUAAUUCUGUAGGAGGAGUUGUGAUCAAUAUUUUUUUAAACUCUAGAGUCGAGGAUGAUAGGAUUUUUACUUUUUUAAACAUUCAUAUCAAAUAACUCAUUAAGAAAGAGAUUGACUUAAAUCAUUAAUUCUCAGUUGAUAAAAACCUUUGCUUGCAAUCAUGUUUUGAAAACCUGAUUUUACUUUACUUCCUUGAAGGUUAAAGAAUUGAAACUGAGGAUGAAAAGUGAUGUAUUUUGCAGCUUUGCUGAGGUCUGUGAUAUGGUUAUGAGAUUUUGAAGACUACUAAAUUUAUACUUUAAAAUUUUACUAAGAUGAAAGUAUGCAUAUAUGGUUAUCAGUUGGAGUACUCCCUCUGACUUUCCUUUUACCCUUUCUUAGAUGCUCCUAACCAGCUUAGAGGGCCCAAAGAAAGCUUGGGGUAGGACCCCAAAAUACUUUGAGGAAAGUGGAAAGGGUCAACCUCAUUGUGUUUUCCCUUCCAAAUAUAGGAUGAGUAAAAGGAGAGAAGAGCAAAUACAGCUGAAUUUUCUGCCUGCUCUUAGCAAAAGCAAAAUCUAGAGAAUGAUUUAUCUGUUCUCUUUACCUACUCUUCCAGGAAAACAGGCCACUUUUGGAGACCAUAGAGCAGCAUUUAUCUGUUAAAUACUUGGAAACAAUUGACCAGUAAAAGAAAAUAACAUGGUCAUGAUAUAAUAAGAUCAAUUUUUCUACUCUCCCAACAGUCACAUAGUCUUAUUACCUUAGAUUUAACUUAAGUCGCUAUGAAACAAGUUUACCAAAGCACCACAAAGCCAAUUUUAAAAGUUUAUAAGGAUUUGAGUUUUUAUAGUAAAGUAUGCCAUGAAAUUUUAUGUAAAUCUGGAUGCACUGUCUUUACUAUAAAUUAGAGAUUGCCCAUAAAGUUGGUUUAGAGGAGAUUGAAAAUAAUUCUUUUUUUUUAAUUCUUUUUUUUAAAAAUUCUUUUAAUUAAAAGAAAAAAUUAAAACAACUUGGGUUUGCUUAUGAUGUGGGAGAGGGAUAUUAUCAAGUCUUUCUCCAUCUCUCCUGACAUUAGAAAAAAAACCCAGCAGUAAAAGACAAAAAGUUUUGUUUUUGUUAAUGGGCUAUACUGUGUUUUUUUCUUUUUUAAUAUCUCAUGUAGAUAAUUCAAGUUUGAAUUCUUUCUUGGAAUAAGUAAUAAUUUAUUUAGUCUGGUAUAUCUGAGUUUAAGACCAAUCCAACUCACUACUUUUUCUUUUUAAACAUAAAUCUAACCUAUUAAUAAAAAUGUGAGACUCAUUUGCUCCAGUGUAGAGCUUCUGUAGAGAACUGACAGUGGAGCAAAUAAGUUUCUUCCCCUUUAAACACAACCCUUGUUAACUUAGGGCAUGAUAAAUUUCCCUCAGAUUCUUUGUAAAACAUUUUAUUAGAGAUCUUGUAUGUAUGUUUAAUUAUAUACCAAUAAAACUGGAAAAAAGAGCUCUUGUAGAAGUCUGUCAGUCCCUACCAUAGGUAUGAACCUUGAAUUAAAUAAGAUGGCAUGUCUUUUUCUACAGUUUUACAACUGAAUUAAAGUAAUUCAGUUUUACAACUGAAUUAAAGUAGUAUACUGUUAGGUGGUAUAUAAAGGGUAGUUCAUUCUGCCCGAGCAAGAACUUAGAAUAAAAUGACACUUUUUCUCAUGAGACUUGUCUUUUUUGUUUUUAAAGAUUUUAUUUAUUCAUGAGAGACACAGAGAGAGAAAGGCAGAGACACAGGCAGAGGGAGAAUCAGGCUCCAUGCAGGGAGCCUGAUGUGAAACUUGAUCCCAGGACUCCUGGAUAACACCCUGAGCUGAAGGCAGAUGCUUAACCAGUGAGCGACCCAGGCGUCCCUCAUGAGACUUGUAUCUUUUGUUAGGCUGGGGCAGUUUUGUCCAUUUCCUUAGCCCUCUGGAUUAACUAGAUAGAUAUUGCUGAAUUAAUCCCAGAAACUGACUUGUAAUUUAAUGACUCUAUGGAUUGGGUGGACAUCUCAUUUUAUUUAACUCUUAUAAGUGUUAAUUCCCUCUUAAAGGAAAAAUUCCUAGAAACUACUGUAUAAAGGUAUCCAGAUUCUGAUGAGCUUUAAAAUUAGUGAAGUUUUCAAAUAUCUUCAUAUUUAAAGCCAAAAAUGUUAUUAGGACAUGAAAAAUAGAGAAGUCCUGUUUCCAGAUUCUCUAGCAGAGAUUUUCAUUCAUGGCUUACUUUUUAAUAGCCUCAUGUGCCUUAAAGGUGAAUUCUAUACUUUUUCUCAAUAUCAGGCUUUUUCAAACUCAAAAAAAAUCUGAACAUUGUAAUUUGUUUUCUAAAAUGUCCUUGCUGUUGGAUAUCAGUAAGCAAAAUCAUUAAAUUGAACCAGUCAGUGACAAUAGAGCGUAUUAACAAAACACUAAUCUUUUCAGAUAUUAAAUUUCAUUAACAUGACUUUAUUUGUGGCCCACCUUGGUCACUGAAGAACACUGAAAGUUAUCUAAAGUAUAGCUUAAUGUACUCUCUCAUUUUUUUUCCCCUGAAAAAGGUCAUAAGCCAGAAUGCUUUUUUUAAAACCAGAUAAUUCUUAGUGUCUGGAGAGAUAAUAUUCAAGACAAAAGCACUUCAAGAACAGAGAUAAUAUAGCAGCUUGAUUCCCUUGUUAUAACUUUAGGGAUUCUUUGCAUUCAUUUGUGUAAUAGCUGGAAUGCUCCCCUCCCCUUUAACAAAUUACCUAUUAGCUCUUCUGUCUUCAAGAAAUGUUUGCUUAGAAUCGGGAGGGGCUUACUGAAAGUCAGUUUAUAGUUUGAGACAGUUGAUAGGAGAAUUCCCAGUCCUAUUCAAAUAUGGUAUUGAUGGUGAGCACACUGCCAUUCAACAUUUCUAAACUUAGAGGUAAAUCUAAUCCUUAAAAGGACUAUUAGUUAGAAAAUAAGUAUUUGUAUACACAUGUAUCGUGGUAACUUUAGAUUCAUUUUAAGUCUGACAAAGUAAGAUAAAUUCUAUCUUUACAAUGGAAUUAUGCUAAGUGGGUGAGAAACUUCUGAAAGAUAUUUAGACCUAGGCAUCUCUGUCAGUAUAGUAUCUGGAACAUAGCUCCUUCAAAUUCUAGCUUAAAUCUCAUUUCUGUGGAAAAUAAUUGACUUAUUCCUAAGGCUCAGAAGGAACUCCAAAGAGUCUUCUAAUUAACCGGCUAUUAAUAGAGUACAGAAGUUGCAUGCUAUUGCUGCAUAUCAGAGUUGACUCACUAAAAUUUUAUUUUCAUAUUUUUUCUAAUAUUAAAAUUAUUUCUUUUCAGCCCCCCUCACAAUUUUAUUUUAAAUUAAGGUUAUUAAUGUUUUAACCUAGAUCACAUGGUGGUAAGUUAAUUUUUAAUUUGGCAUUCAUACUGAACUCUGAAAACCUGGUUUAGUCUUCUCUGAUUUUAAUAUAUAGUAGUUUUUUUCUUUAUUGUCAAGUUUGUUACAUCUUUGUGGUCAGUGGAAUCUGUGGAAAUCUGUGGGUUUUUUUUUUUUUUGUGGUGAGGGGUAGGGGUAGAAAAGAGAAUUGCUCCAAUUAUACAUAUGCAUUUUGACUAUAUAAAGGUAGUUGUAGAAUUAAUAUGUAUAAAUGACAAGUUAACACUUACCUAUUCUGACUUGUUCUAAGGAACAGUAGCCUGAAGCCAUGGCUUGUUUUCUGGAGCUGCUUGCUCUUCAAUAGUAGCUGACCAAUUAGAUUUAAGUUUGGACUUUGGGGUUAGGUUAUCUAGCUGAGGCUUUUAGGAAUGGAGCAGACUAUUUCUGUUCGUAUAGUGGAUCAAUUUAAUUUCCUCUUUGAGAACUCUAAUUUAGGUAUAGGUAUUAUCCAUUCUGAAUCUUUGUGUUGGGAGUUUAAUAAGACUGUUGUCAAAAGCUAUUAAAGAUAAUUACAAGUAUAUGUAAAACAUUUGACAGAUGGUUAAAAAUUUCAUUUUUUUUAGUUUCAAAGGUUAGUUAUGUAGCAUCAAUAUCAUAACCAAAGCAAGUAGGAAGUUGGCUGGUUUGGAGAAUCUUCAAGUAGUCUUAAAUACUGUAAUGUAUCAGAUUGUUAACCAGGAUUUUUUUCCUGUAUUUCUGCUAAAUGUAUUACUAUAUUAAUGCACUUUUGUAUAUAUAACUGUCUUCUGUACAUUCUGUACUUACUACAGUGUAUAUAAAAGCUGUUUUUCCUGAAAAGUGUAAGGAAAUACAAUAGCUGUAACACAAGUCGUUUCUAUUUUGAGUUCCUUCUUGUACUUGAAAGUAGUAGUUCAGUAGUUAAAUCUAAAUGUGUAUGUAUGGUUGUAAUUAAAAUGGGAAAUGUGGCAGAAUUGUCUUUUGAAGCUGAAUAUCAGACUGAACAGUGUUGUUUUGGGUAUUAAAAACUCUUGUAAUAUUUUAAUUGUUUCUUUUGAUGUACCAUGGGCUUUUUCAAACCCCACUGCUGCUUACCACUUUAUACUUCAGAAUCCACUCCUCUACAUGUUCCAUCCCAGAACAUUUAUCAACAGAAAAGAAUUAGGUCUCCUCUCUUUUGCUCACAGUUUGGUUAAGGAUCCAUAAACUUUUGUUUUGUGAAAGCCAGAAUUUCCCAAAUGUCCUUGGCAAAUCAUUUUUCUGGAGAGAUCAGAUUUCUAGGGAGAGUAGCAUUCAUUGUAUGUGAAAAUUAGGUCUGUCUUGUGUUUACAAAAAUGAGAUCUAUUUUCCUUAUAUAUUACUCUAGAGUCUUUUUAGAUUGUAAUUCUAGAAAAAUGUGAGCAGUUUUCUGUAGUUUCAGAAGCAAUUCAACUUUCAGCAGCAACUCUAUCUCUUGCCACUAGAGGGAGGUCUGUGGUUGCUCUCCUGAAAACGUCUUAGCUGCUUUUCUUUUAAUUUCAGAGGUUGAAAUCAACCUUAUUUCAAAAUUCCUUUUGUGAUAUUAAAUACUUUCAUUUAUUAGUGGAAGGUAAAUUAAUUGAGCUUGUUUAAUAAAGCAAAUCUUAUGCUUUUCUGUAA